AUAAACACGUACGUUUACACAUGAACGACCUCCGCUAUAGUAAAUAAUCUAAAUAAUAAUCAUCUUGAAAUUUACGGCAAUAACAAUAAUAUUAUUAUUAUAAAUAAAUAGUUUGCGGCUCACUUUUUAUACGCACUUGAGUGACUAUCAUAAAACACGAACAAAAUGGAUUUACUGAUUGUCAAAACCGAAGACGAAGACGACGAAAGGAAAACCAAAAAGAGCACAGCCAGUGGUAGUGCAAAAACGACAUUGACUGGUGGAAACGCGGGCAGGUCAGAGAAACCUCCUUAUUCUUACAUAGCCCUCAUUGUUAUGGCCAUACAAAGCUCUCCCGUCAAACGACUGACACUUAGUGAGAUUUACGCCUUUCUUCAACAUCGGUUUCCAUUUUUCAGAGGAUCUUAUCAGGGAUGGAAAAACUCGGUGCGACAUAACUUGUCAUUAAAUGACUGUUUCAUUAAGCUUCCAAAAGGGCUAGGUCGGCCUGGCAAAGGCCACUAUUGGACAGUAGAUCCAGCAUCAGAAGUAAUGUUCGAAGAAAGUUCUUAUAGACGGAGGCCUAGAGGAUUUAGACGAAAAUGUCAAAAGGCAGUAUUGUCGACUCCAAUCACUGGUUAUCAAUCACCACAAUACCAACAUCAUCACCAUCACCAUCACCAACCCACACAGUCACAGUCACAGCAACAGUCACAUCAAUUAAUGACAUCUCCUACUAUAUCGUCUCAGUGUUACUUAAAUGACCAAUAUAAUUAUAAAGAUACGAAUGCUGCUGUAGUAAGCUAUCAAUCAGACUAUCAUCAACAAACCUAUAGAAGCGACCAGUUAGAUCACUUUGCGAAUUUCUGGCAACCUCAGAAGUCCGAUGGGUAUAGCUGCUACCAAGACCAAUUUGACUACGGUUGUCAGUACAACUUGACACAUGAAAAUGGCUACAACGUGGCCAUGCGAAGACAGACCGGCGGACAAGUGCAACAGCCAUCUCUGGAAAAUACCAUGAACACCACUAAUGGCAUAACGCAACACAUAGGCUUGCACCAUUACUAUGAUUGCCCUAAGUUCUGUUAACAAUUAAUUAACCAGUGAAUCAUUCUAAAUAAAGAGUAGCAUCGAGUUUUAUUUGAAAAUCGGUAAAAACAACUGAGCACGUUUAAACUUUAUUACACUCGGUUAAAUUAUGUUCGAUUGAGUUAGGAUUUGAAUGGUUUGUUAGUUAACUAUGCUCAUUUAUUAUCAAAAAACUUUCCAAGUCUUUCUUAUUGUUUUGUUUGUGAUUUUUCCUUCACUGGAACAAUUAUUAAAGUUCUGAACAUGUCUAUUUCUAGUACUUAGUGUAUAUAUCUAUUGUGUUUGUAAGGCUGAGAUUAAUAUUAAUUUUUAAUCGUAAUCAAAUUUAAUUGUGUUAUUAAACUAAUUUAUUUCAAUUUAUUCUCUAAAGUUUAAGUAUUAAUUAAGAUUUUUUAUUUUUGUCAUUUAGUUCUGAGAAAUGUAUUUUAUAAUAAACGCUGUAAAUAAAAAAAAUACAAUAUUUUGACUGAACCAUUCAAUAUUGUCCAUUAUGAUUACAAAAGACAGCCGCAGACCACCCGUGUCCAUAUGUAUGGUAAGGUACUACAAAUUACUACUGUCAUGCGGACUUUGAAAUACACAAGAAAACGUUUUAUUUUCUGAACAAAUGCCGAUUCAAUCCUAACAUGUGUUAACGUAUGUGUCUCGUGUGUUUAAUAGUUUACAACACCCAUAUGUACGCGUGUGUGUGAUAGUGUGUGUAUGCGUAGUGCACAUUAAUCCUUGAGACAAUAAAACAUUCAUAAUAUAAACAGUAGAAUCCCUUCGUGUAAACAUGGACUGGAGUCAAAAAGCAUAUAAGAAUCAGACAUUUUU